GAGAGAGAGAAACGGCGCGCGAGCGUUUGCCGUUGCGCGACGAAAUAUGAGCGCACGAGUGCUGAACCCGGUGAUGAUGACGGAAAUAAGCAGGAAUCUAGGCGGCGGCGGCGGCGGCGGCGGUGGAGGAGGACGAGCGCCGCCGAGCAGGGCCGCGCUCGCCCGCGUGCGACGCGAUCUCUUCGGGCCGGUGGACCACGCGGCCGCCCGCGCCCUCGCCGAGCGCGAGCUGCGCGCCCAAUCGCUCCUCGACGCCGAACGAUGGGGCUUCGAGUUCAAGCUCGGGAUACCGCGGAAGAACUCGCGCUACGAGUGGGAGAAGGUGACGGAGCGCGACGUCGUCCCCGAGCCCUACGCCCUCCGCGGGAUGCCCUACCUGAGGAAACACGCGCCCGGGACGCCGCGGAAGGUGCCGCGCGCCGACGACGCGUCGACGACGGCGUCGCCGACGACGGUGGUCGCGACGACGACGACGACGAUGCCGACGACGAUGCCGACGACGAGGAUCGUCGAGCAGACGGAGACUCCGACGUGCGCCGCGUCGACGGCCGAGAGGACGCCGCCCCAGGAGCCCAGGGUGCCCGAGAUCGGCGAGGCCACGGCGCCCGAUCCUCUCGUCGACGCGAUCGCCAAGAGAAAGAGGUGCGCGGCGGAGCCGACCACCCCCGUUCUACCCUCGGUCGCGAGGAAGCAAUCCACGAUCACCGACUUUAUGAAGACGCGUAAGCGCGGCUUGAACGGCACCACAAAGAGUAUGAUAGAGUCGCCGGAGAAGAUUGCCCGUAACGCGGGUCAGAUACGCAGCUAAAACCUUCAGCUUUCUUGUUCAAGCCUUGGCGUCUUCUUCCAUUUCGUUCGUGCGCGACGUGAGACAAUACCAGAAGCGGGAAACAGCAUCGCCGAAAGGAAUAACGGAGAAAGGGGAACUCCGGCAGGAGGCGCGAGGUUUGCGUUGGCUGUGCCAUUCGUAUAGUUUUAUCUACCAUGAGUGCAGACGAAACAGAUCGAGAGAUAGAUGAAUUAACAAGGAAAAAAAAAAUGAACAAAAAAAGCUAAGAAACAACAUCAUUUUUCAUCACGUAUGUACAUCCUUUUCUGUAAUUCACUGCUUUGUAAUAUCGCGAGAAUUACGGAAACAAUAGUAACAGCGAAGAUAGACGCGAGACGAGAAAAACAGAAUUAAAUAAAUAGAAGAAAAGCGAAAAAGAGAGAGGACGCGCUUGAUGGAAGAAGAGAGAGACCUAAAUAGCUCUCUCUCGUCGCUAUUUUUUUAUGGAACAUGUCAUAUCUUUUUUUUGUAUUAGGAUAAGAAUAUAAGUAAUGUUAAGAAUAUGAAAAUUAGAUUGUAGAUAUAGAGUAAUGAUUUGUGUCCAAAUUAAUUAAUGUAAUAUAUACGUUUGUUUCUUGAGACAUUCAUAGAAAAAUCUUUAAGCAAUGUCGUUACACACAAAAAAAUACUGUAAGAAAGAGAGAAGCACUACGAAAUAUAGUUUAGAUUAUUCAUAGGAGUUAGUUUAUUAGCUUCUAAGAUAUAAGAGAGAGAUAUCGCGCGUAUUCAUUGGAUCGAAAGAAUCGGAUAUUUAAGCUGGUCCAUGGAUUUUUGGGACUCGUGACUGCGUAUCAAUUUCCUCAAGUAUUCAACGACGGAUUUUCCUUUGCUGAAUAACUGAGGAGAUUUUAGAAUCUUAUUAGGAAGCAGAUCUUUGCGAUAGAUAUUGCGCCAAUUUCGAUACUACAUUCUUGAAAUGCGUGCAAUAUCGAAGCAACUUGCAAUUUCCAAAUUAAAGAUUCACAAGCACUUGUUUUGAAUUUUCUCGACUUGGAUAUAUGGUUUGGCGAAAAUAUGAGGAGAAGCUCAAAAGAGUGGUUGCGACUCCGGAAAGUAUCAGAAUGUGACCAGUUUUAAGAAAGAAGAGAAAACAUGAUUUAGCUGUAGUUCGUUACCCAAGUUUAAGCAUUGAUCUCCUGUACGACUUUAAGAAAGUACAGCCGAUGCCAAAUCA